UAUUUUUAUACCUGGUACUCUGGUAGGAACCCAUUUUCCUUUUCCUUUGUUUUUUCUCCUCUCCAUAAAAUCGAUUUCAGUUCAGAAUCUGCAGUUGGAAAUCGCUUUCUUUAAUGCUGGUAACUGGUGUACUCGGCAUUUGAGUCUCUAGUAUAAGUAGCUGGUGAAUGAUCAUUGAUGGCACCAAAUCCAAGAGUUGCAGCAGCCUUUCGGGCAAUGAGGGACAUUGGAAUUAAAGAAGAUAAAGUGAAACCAGUAUUGAAAAAACUUCUAAAAUUGUAUGACAAAAACUGGGAACUUAUUGAAGAAGAGAAUUAUAGAGCUCUUGCAGAUGCUAUAUUUGAGGAGGAGGACAAUGUGGUUGUAGAACAGAAGAAGAAAUGUAUGAGUACUGAUCAGGAGAAGGAUUUGGAGGAAGAAGCUCAGACACAAGAUGAGCCUGAGCGUCCCCUAAAGAGGUUGCGCAGAGGCCAAGGUGGUCAGGCUACAUCAUCUGUCAAUGUGUGCAACCACAGUUUGGGUGGAAGUCCUUUGAAAAGGCCUAAAGUAGAGGAGGGUGAACCAGUGGAGCCUUGUUUACAACAGCAGCCUCAGGAAAUGAUGGAGAAACCUCAGUCCAUCCUGAAACCCAUUGCACCCCUGCAUGGUACUGUUAACAAGGGCAAGCAACCUCUCUUACCUCAGAUUGCUUCCCCAGGGAAAAGAUCUAUGUCUGAGAGAGCAUCUCAGUUGUGCAUUAGAGAACCGAUAGUUGAACCAGGCACUGUUCUUUUGCCAAAGCAGAAGGUUACUGAUACUCGUGUAUUGAUCAAACCAAAAGAUGAGCCUUUUACUGAUGACAUGUUUACUGAAGCUGUUCCAGACUAUGAGGUUCCUAUUGCAGUGAUCCAUCCAGAUCCAUCAAGUAAGGGGGGUUCUUCAUUUGGAAAUGAUUCAGUUGAAAACCAAGAUGGUCCAGAAAUGACAGCAUCCCAACGUUUAGCUGAAGGAAAUGGAGGUGAUUGUAUUUUAGCUUCAUCGAGUGAGAGGGGAACCAACUGCAAGCUAGCAACCAUCCCGGAGGAAUCUCCUCCUACUUUAGAGAUUGCCUCCUCGCCCUUAGGAGAGGUAAAAAUUUCUCUGAGCUGUGACUCCGCUCUUGGAAGACCAGAUUUCCAUAUGCCUAGUCGCAAUGAGGUUAUAAAACUGAUGGAGGAUAAGUGUUUGCGGACAUAUAAAAUCAUUGACCCAAAUUUUUCUGUCAAGAAACUGUUGAAUGAUAUGUGUGAGUGCUUCUUGGAACUGGGAACUUACUCCACUGAUGAAUCGCAGGAAGGAUCAAUAAAUAUAAGUCCAACUCUUGAUGUGUUGAAGGAACCUUCUGUGCGAGAUGCUGGAGGCAAUGAACUAGGUUUGUGCAUUCCAUCUUCAAAUGGAUCAGUCAAUAUUCAAUGCUCUGCUGAAGUGGCUGAACCUCUUUCAAGACUUCCGACAUCUCUGAAUGGUAUUGAUGAACACAUACAAGCCAGUAAGAAGAUUAUUUCAAAUGGCUAUGCUGAAAGUGAACGUGAAAAGGAAUUGGAAGACCCUGAAUCAACAAAUUUGUGUAGUUUGGUGGUUGUCCCGCAGCAAAAAAAUCCUCCUAGUGAUUUAAGGUCUCUUCAUGAUGUUAAUGACAUAACGAAAGGAGAAGAAAGGGUCAGAAUUUCAUGGGUCAAUGAAAUCAACAGUGAAUGUCUACCAUCCUUUAAGUACAUACCUCGAAACUUUAUUUUCCGAAAGGCUUAUGUGAACUUCACCCUCUCUCGGAUUGGAGACGAGGAUUGUUGUUCAGCCUGUUUAGGUGAUUGCCUAUCCUUAUCUACAGUUUGUUAUUGUGCAAACACAACUGGAGGCCAGUUUGCAUACGGAAAAGGAGAUCUUCUUAGGGAAGAAUUUUUGGAAGAGUGUAUCUCAAUGACUCGUGACCCACAAAGACACCAGCAUUUAUAUUGUAGAGAAUGUCCACUUGAAAGACUUAGGAUUGAUGAUUGUUUAGAACCAUGCAAAGGCCACUUAAGGAGGAAGUUUAUCAAAGAAUGCUGGAGCAAAUGCAGCUGCAGUAAAAACUGUGGCAAUCGAGUGGUGCAGCGAGGUAUAACUUGCAAGUUGCAGGUGUUUUGCACUCCUGAAGGAAAAGGGUGGGGUCUCCGAACCCUAGAGGGCCUGCCAAAAGGUGCAUUUGUGUGUGAAUAUGUUGGAGAAAUUCUAACCAGCACAGAGUUAUACGAGAGGAACUUGGGAAGCUACAAAAGUGGGAAACGUACCUACUCAGUGCUGCUGGAUGCAGACUGGGGUUCAGGAGCUCUGAAGAGUGAAGAAGCUCUCUGUUUGGAUGCAACAGUUUUUGGCAAUGUUGCUAGGUUUAUUAAUCAUAGGUGUUUGGAUGCAAACUUGGUUGAGAUCCCUGUUAAAGUGGAGACCCCUGAUCAUACCUACUACCAUCUUGCCUUCUUCACUACAAGAGUGGUUGCUGCCUUGGAAGAGCUUACUUGGGAUUAUGGCAUCGAUUUUGACGACCAUGAUCAGCCUGUCGAGGCAUUCCGGUGUCUAUGUGGUAGCAAGUUCUGUAGAAACAUGAAGCGAUCAAUUAGAUCUAGAUCUGCAACUAUUGCAAGAUGAAUAAUGGCAAGGGGGAUUGUCUAUCUGCUACAUUUGUUGAUGUAAUGGCCUUCCCCUCAAUGAAGAAAUUUUGAUGAAGCAGAUUUUACCGAACUGAAUUUUGCUCCUUCUAACUAUAAUGUCUAGUGGCCGAGUAUCAGGAUAUUGGCAAUCUUGUCAAUCAGUUGAACACUGGGAUAUAAGUGUUGAAGCGAAGGAUAGUUUUUUGAGAUGCAUUUGUACAGGGCUUUGUAGAUUGACCAUAGGUGGUCCAAAGUCAUUAGCCAUCUAUACAAAAAUCUUGCUACUAAAUCUCAAGCUAUUGUACUUCUGGAACCCUAGGGCGUUGUAUUUGGGCUGCUGCUUUUGAUGGGAUGUAAAUAAUGUAAAAACAGAAAAAAAGCAUCUAGUGUGCUCUUUAAUUAAAGUUAAAGCAGGGGCUAAAAUGUUUAUUUAUGGCCCUCCCCCAGUUAGCAGAUUCUAGUGGCUGAUAAUAUAUGAUAGGGAUGCUGCUUGUUUAGAA